UGAUCUUCUUUCUCUGUUUUGAUUCAGAUGGUCAGCAAAUCAAAAUGGCGGUGCCUUGGAAUCUCUUGGCUUCAAAGAGGGAUAUAGAGUUGAUGUUGAUGUUCCAGAAAGCACGUGGGCACAAGCUCCAAGUUUCCAUGAUAUUCUAAUUUUCAACACUGGUCACUGGUGGUGGGCCCCUUCAAAAUUUGAUCCGGUGAAAUCACCUAUGCUAUUUUUCAAGAAGGGUCAGCCAGUACUCCCUCCUUUACCUCCUGAUCAAGGCCUGGAUAUGGCUUUGGAGCACAUGAUCGCAUAUGUCGAGGAGAGGGCACGACCAGGUGCGGUCAAAUUUUUCCGCACUCAAUCUCCGAGACAUUUUGAAGGGGGAGAUUGGGAUCAGGGUGGUAGCUGCCAAAGGGAUAAACCAUUAUCAACAGAGCAGGUAGAAGAAGUCUUCUCUGUGAAGAAUAAUGGGACAAACGUGGAGGUUAGAUUGGUCAAUGGACACCUCUAUAAGGCUCUCAAGGGAUCUACAUUCAUUGUUUUAGACAUCACUCACUUGAGUGAGUUCAGGGCUGAUGCCCACCCAGCUGCGGCUGGAGGGAAAAAACACGACGAUUGCAUGCACUGGUGCUUACCAGGACUCACAGAUACUUGGAAUGACUUGUUCGUAACACAUCUGAAUAGUGUCAAGGGUAGAAGUUGAUGAACUCCAUAGUAAUAUUCAUUAGGAAAAAUUAUGAUGAACGAAUUUUGGUGGUUGAACUGUUUGAGAUGAGUCUAUAUUCUUCCAUUUGUUCAUUUGAAAAUUAAUGAGAUAAAAUAGUUCUAAGUAAAAAUCUUGUGCUCCGUUUUACUAUCCUUCCAUAUUAUCCGUGUAUUUGGAUAUUUUCGUCUCAUUUCAACGGUUCUUUGUUGCUAAUUAAUGUUAUUAUAUUUCAAAGUA